AUGACCGUGAAAAGCCGACUCCAACAACCUGUACGGAUCGCCAUUUUGGACUGCGACUACGUUGUACCAAAGGUCGCCGAAACUUGGGGACCAACAUAUAGCAGUAUCUUUGCUCAUCGGCUGCAAGCUGUCAAUAAGAGUCUGGGGUCUGAUAAGGUUCUGCAGAUUUCUGCAUUCGACAUUAUCAAAAACGAAUAUCCCGAUCCAAAUGACUUCGAUGCCUUCCUGAUCACAGGUUCUGUGAAAGGGGUAUACGACGAGGAUCUGUGGAUUGCGAGGUUGAAAGCUUUCAUCCAAAAAACCUACCAGACUCAUCAAUAUGUUCGGAUGUUUGGAGCUUGCUUCGGGCACCAGAUCAUCUCCGAAGCCCUGCUUGAGAAAUACGGAGUGAUUGUGGAGAAAGAUACAAAGGGUUAUGAAGUCGGCAUCCACAAAGUUGUCCUAAACCCGAAAUUCGCAGCUCAUUUCGAUCACGUUCUAAGCCUGCCUGAGGGAGACGGAUUACGGGUGCAGUUCGCUCAUGGCGAUCAUGUUCGAUUUGAAGCAUCAUGGCCCGAGUCGUGGAUGUCGAUAGGAAGCACGCCACAUUGCGCCGUGCAGGGAAUCUUUCAACCAGGACGUGUCUUGACGUUUCAAGGUCAUUUUGAAUUUAACGAGGAGAUUUCAACGGAAACGAUCAAGUACUUCUAUACACCUGAGCGAGGCUUCACGCCUGAACAGACGCAAGCUGCCUUGGAUCAGAUUCGAGGAAAGGAUGAUUCGGAGGAAGCUGCAAAGAUACUACAUGCAUUUUUUACAGAUAGUAGCGAUGCAUAG